AUGCAUCAACAUCCUCGUCCACCGCCAGCAACGGCGUCGUCCGCUGCUAGCUCUUCCAGGACCAACCCAGCUCGCCCAACCAACCCUCAAGAUCGAAUUGCAGAGGCGAAUACAUCACAGGCUGAGGUUGGUCCCGCAAACUUGACAACAGGACUUGGGAUUGAACAUGACGCUGAAAUGUUCGUGCAGGUCCCAUCAAAUGUAGCUCCUGGUCGGGAUAUCAUCGCCAAGUUAAACCAAAUUGUUCAACAAUAUCAUACGAAGGCUGCUUUGAUCAUUCUGCACUCUCGAGUCGAGCUACCCCCUGCGUACAACAAAGAUUCGGAUAUGAAAAGGGUGAACAGAUGGUUUAACGUUGAACUCGACGAAACCGAUGUUCUAAGAGAUGAUCUCCGAACGUGGAAGUCCUGUGACACUGUCGACCGCCGUCCUCCGCCGAUGGUGAUUGAAACCUACCUUGAUUCGGACGAGUUGACACACAACCAGAGCCUUGUGAUUCUUGAUGAUCGUGGGAAACGCUGGGAUGUUCUCGAAGCUCUUGAUGCCUCGUUUUCUUACAAAGGUUCUCGGGAUACUAGAUAUAGUAGAGUCAUUCUAGAAAGAUGGCAAGUUGAACUGGGGGAUGCAGCAGGCGAUCUGCCCGCCGAUCUCGGCUCUAUACUCCCAACUGUCUACAAGAAAAGCAUCGUACUGUUUAGAUCUCUUUUUACGUAUUCCCGCUUCCUCCCUGCUUGGAAAUUUUCCAAACGGCAAUCAACAAUGCGAUCGAAUCCGAGCCUGCCAAUCCGGUAUAGAAUAUUCAAGGGAUCCCGACCAGAAACCCAUCAGGAGCUCGACCCUUUGAGCGUCCCGUUCUACGAUGGUGGUGGUAAAACUACGGAGACUUUCUCCUUUGGUGUCACUGAGUCUCCUGCAGGCCAGUUUUCGGUUCAAGUAACAUAUCGAACGAACUGUGACUUUAGGGUGGAUGACUCCGAAACGUUGUUGAGUUCGAGGUUCAUGGGCGCCGAUGACACAUACUUUAGACCCUCCCUUCCCACUGAAGAUCACUUCCCUAGCGGACCACAAGAGGCUGGAUCUCUACCCGUUACCAGGCGAGCAAAUGAUCCACCAAACAAUGCCCAGGCCUAUGGUAGUUUAUCCACUUUUCAUCAUGCAAUUCCUGCAACCGGGGCCAGCCCACUCUCAGCUCUUCGCGCUGCCAGAGAGCUUGGAGCUGAGUCGCCGGGAUCCCCGAUAUCACCCCCUUCUCCCAAACCUGGCCAAGGAAAGCCAGGUAUCCGCCCCCGAGAUGUUGUCCGCUCUGCCCAAAGAAAACCCUCGAUUUCAUUUCCUCCUUUCAAAGCCCCACCUCUUUCCGCGUCCCCGUCGCUUGUAGACCCUGCCGUUGGAUCUCCCCGGAAUGCACCCGGUCGAACAGUGCCAGUGAACGUCCCAUCUGAUAACAAGACCAUGCCUCCUCCUGCUAGUGCUGCUUCUGUCUCACGGAGAUCUACCUACGUUUCCUCUGACAACGCCAUUGCCUCGUCCGGGUCUGGCUCCCCUCGACCUGCCCCUAUCUCCAAAUUCACCAGUUCUUUUACUCAUCGAAGAGGGAGAUUGUCAUAUGGUGGAAUAAGCAAGACAGAUGAUGAUAACGGCUCGAGCGGGAGGGCCAGUGCUACCUCGUCCACUGCCCAUCCUAGCUCCGGAAUAAUUGCGGAGCCAGGCGCCAGCUCUGGCUCACUACAUGGAGAUGAAAGUAAUAUUGGAGAGUUCCUCAAAAUGCUUGACAUGCGAAAAGACCUGCUGAACCCCUCCGAUCCCGCGCUGGUAGAUGCGUCAACUCGGAGGACUGCGGUUGCUCUCACGCGGUUUCAAAAGAUGAAGGAGUCAAACGCAGUAUUGUCUGAUUCCAUGUCCUCUUCAUUUAUCCUCCAGCGGUCGUCCACUUCGUCAAGUAGACAAUUCACCAGCGUUCCACCAAUGGUUGCUGGCACAUCGAUCUCGACAUCUUCAUCUCCAGGAAAACCAAUUUCACCGCAUACGCCUCAUACACCCGCAAUUCCAUCCCGUCUUAGCUCGAACAGUAUCAUCGACUACUCCCACCAAGAUCGCCCAGACAAUCGACGCCAUCGUAUCUCUCAUGAAUCCCAUGGGUCCCUUCUGGAGGAACCUUCUACUGAAGAAACCACGAUGGGCCCUGCAGUUCCAAGGUCCAAUGUCAACGCAAUCGACAUCCCCACAUCCCCCCGCCCAUUCAUUCCCAACUACCGGCGCUCCAGUUUUGCCGCUCAAAGAACGUCCAAUGCAGCUCUUGAGGAUGAGACAAGUGAUUUCCUACCUUUCGGAAUGCGAAGCCUAAGUCUCGGAGCGGGAGAUAGAUCACCCCUCAGUCUGAGCGCGCUAGUGCGGCAGCAAGAGCUGGACAGUGAAUCCACUGCACCCGAUUUGCUUCGAAACAACCAACCAGCAAGCGGCGACUCAAACAACCCCGACGACGCUUCCACCUCAGCCAAGUACCGUGCUCCCAGCACCGCUUCUAACCACCCCUAUCACCCUCGAUUCUCUCAUCAGCGUGGCAGAGGCUCUACAGGACAUUCUCACUCGCACAGCUCAGCAUCCAGCAGUCUAGGGCGCGGAAAUGCCCUUCCCUCAUCUCAUGGGGCCGAGCGUGAUCGUGACACCUACCAAGGCAGCGGUAGCAACAGCGGAAUGUCCACAAAUACAGACUCGCGCCGUGGAAUGGGCAGUGGCGGUGCUGGGCACAAGUUCGGUUUCUCCCGUCACCAUGGGCCACCAUCAAGCAAUUUUGAAGAGGAUGAGCCGUUGCUCUUUACCAUGAGCGAUUUUGGUAUUGCACGUGGUAGCCUAGACGGUGGGGCGCGAGCCAGCGUAAGUGGAGCCGAUUCAUCUGGGCCUGGUACUGGGACGAGCGGAUCGAGACGUGGAAGUGGACGGCGGGGAGCCUCUAGCAGCGGCGGGUAUCAUCCUUGGCAAUAA